CGAGCCUGAGAAGGAGAAGGGGGUGGAUGGAAGGAGCUACAUGGUGCUGUGAUAUUCCUCUCCUCCUGGAUGCUGCUUUUCUUUUUCAUGGCUUUGUCCAUCCAUUGUACGGACACCCCCUUGUCCCCGGGAGCAGGCACCGGUACACGAAUCAGCACUCAGCCACAGAGCCGGGGAUGAAUCGGCCCCAACAAAGAGCCUUUGAGAUGGCAGUGUGUGCUUCUGCCUGGAGGGAGGAACGCAUCAGGCUUUCCCAGGCAAGCGGCAGCCUGCAGUGUGCUCUCGCUUGAGAGCCAUCCCUCCUCGCCGUUGUGUGCAUGAGCUUGAGAGCGUGUAGGUCCGUGUGCGAGCGUAAAUGUGUGUGUGAACGUGAGUGAGCGGCGCAUAAUAGUGGAUGUGAGUGUAUGUGCACACUCUCGCUUCCAAACCUUCCUGGAGGAGAGAGGCUCUCCUCUUCACUGGACAGCAAGGGACAUUUUGAAGCAGACAGGCUGCUACCCUUCUGGACCUAAAGAUGUUUCGCAAAAAGAAAAAGAAGAGGCCUGAGAUAUCAGCGCCCAAGAAUUUUGAGCACCGAGUUCACACCUCUUUUGAUGCUAAGCGGGGCUGCUUUGUGGGCCUGCCGACACAGUGGCAAAGCCUGAUAGAGAACCUGCGAAGGCCCAAACCCAUGGUGGACCCUUCCAGGAUCACAGAGGUGGAGUUGAGACCAAAGAAGACCAUUGUGCGUGGGAGCAUGAUCGGACACGGAGACUACAUCGCAGCCAUGAUCAAUGACAUGAGCCGUCUGUCUGUGACCAGUUCCAACUCUUUGCGGAAGAGCAGCCCUUCAGCCAGGAAGAGAGCCCAGUCUCUGGGAAGGUUGGGGGAAGUGAACGAGGGAGACACUUACCAGUAUGAGGGUCUGACCCAGGAGGAUGACGACGAUGAGGAGGAGGAUGCGGGUCAGGAACAGUGGAGGAAUAGGGCCAGGAACAUCCACAGUGAGACCAACACCCCCUACUUGGGCAUGAAGAAGAGUAUCACUCUGCAACCUAAUGGGAUUUUGCCCAAGGCCACGUCCACCUAUGAAGUCGGGGUCAGCUCUCUCGAGGGCCCAUCACAUCCUGCUCAGUCCCAGAACAUCCAGAUGCCAAGUCACGGGGCUUAUAUGAGUAGUGAUAUGGGCAGUCCUCAGGAGAGAGUGAUAUGGAAGAGAGAUUUCCAGCUGUCAAGGGGAAUGCCACCAAAUCAAAGGCCUGUAGCUUGUUUCUACAGCCCUGCUAUGACGGUACAGCCACCCCAGGGAGAUCAAGGCACAGUCACCACAGAACUCCGACCCAAUAUACCAAUGUACAUGCACCAACAGAACAGCCCUGGCAGGCCGUUCUCCUCCUAUGACCUGAAAGGAGAAUCAGCAGUGAGGUACCACUCUGGUUUCCUGCCCACUGGCACCAGCAGUCCUCUUGUGGGAGGUGUCAGACCCCAGCGGACUGUUCGCUCCUCAGCCAGCUACACCUUGGGUCUGUCUCCUAAUAUGGGACUGAGGCCCAGUGGACCAGACCCCUUUCUAAGACACUCUGGAUGCCCCAACCCUCCCUAUCCCAGACAAGACAGCCCUUCCCAACCUCGACCUUCACCUACAGGCUCAUUAGCCACCAGUCCUCCAGGCACCUGCUCCCCUGCCUUCAGACCCCCACAACACCCCUCACCCAGACCGCCACCCGACCCACCUAAGGUGACACAUGAACAGUUCAAGGCGGCCCUGCAGAUGGUGGUGGACAAAGGCGAUCCCCGCUCUUAUCUGGAGAACUUUGUGAAGAUCGGAGAGGGCUCCACAGGAGUGGUGUGUAUCGCAACAGAGAAGCACAGCGGCCGGCAAGUGGCGGUGAAGAUGAUGGACCUGCGGCGGCAGCAGAGGCGAGAGCUACUCUUUAAUGAGGUGGUCAUCAUGAGGGACUAUCAGCACAGAAAUGUGGUGGAGAUGUUUAAGUCUGCUCUGGUGGAGGAAGAGCUGUGGGUCAUCAUGGAGUACUUGCAGGGUGGAGCACUGACUAACAUUGUUUCUGAAACCAGGCUGAGUGAAGAGCAGAUUGCUACAGUGUGUGAAGCUGUGCUGCAAGCCCUGGCCUAUCUCCAUUCACAGGGAGUCAUUCACAGAGACAUUAAAAGUGACUCUAUACUACUUACGUUAGACGGAAGGGUCAAGCUUUCAGACUUUGGCUUCUGUGCUCAGAUCAGUAAGGACAUCCCUAAGAGGAAGUCUCUAGUGGGGACACCUUAUUGGAUGGCGCCUGAGGUCAUAUCCAAGUCGCCAUAUGGCACUGAAGUCGAUAUAUGGUCGAUGGGCAUCAUGGUGGUUGAGAUGGUGGAUGGAGAGCCGCCAUACUUCAGUGAAACCCCUGUAGCAGCGAUGAAGAGGCUGAGGGAUGAGCCAGCUCCUACUGUUCGAAACGUCAGUCAGGUCUCCCCAGUUCUUAAAGACUUCCUGGACCGUAUGCUGACUCGAGACCCCCUAGAGAGAGCCAGCGCCACCGACUUGUUGGAGCACCCCUUCCUGCUGCAGAGCGGCUCACCUCAGUGCCUGGUCCCACUGGUGGAGCAAUACCGCAAGCGCAUGUCCCGCUGCUGACCCCACAGGGCUCCUGGUCCCCCAACACCCACCUUCAGUCUGACCCGUCCAGGCCUCAGAAGAGGACUAGCAACUGGGGUCCAACUUCAGCUCCCAAGCCAAUGGGCUAUCAGCUCCAGAGGCGCAGAUCCAGACAGCAUUUUGCUGUCGGGGUAACGGCGGCAAGUUUGGUAGACAGACACAGCAUGGUCUCGGGCAUGAGAGAAGCAUCUUAGGAGCGAGUUAAAGGCAGCAUGCGAUCCCUCACCUCUCAGCUCGGUGUGAUCCGAUUAUCGAUUGGUUUCCUGUAACAUUCAGUGGGAUUCAACACAGCACAAUGUGGUGCAUAUCAAAGUGAUAGCAAAAAUCAAUAUUCCACAUGACUAUAUGUACAUGUGCUACUAUAAAAAUCCUAUAUAGUGUUCAUAGUGGGCAUUAUUGCUAGCUGUGUAAAGCUUUUAAAGCUGGUGUUUAGGCUCAAACCAGAGUAGCUCAUUGUGACAUUAUUAGGCAGGGAUAAAGUUACCUCUGCACACUCACACUCUGUAGUGGAAACUGGACAACAAUCUGUCAAUCCACACUCUUUGCAUGGCCAAAUGGAGGCACACCUGGCCUGAUGUGAAUGCUUGAAUAUGUACGAAACAGGGAUGUGAAAGACAAUUCUCCUUUUAUUAGCAUAACAAAUGGGUAGAUGAAAGCCCCAGCUGCUACUAUUGGGCUACUGGAAAACCACCAAUUCCAUGUUUCUCUUUUUUAUAUUUAUUCUUUAUUUCAAAAAGGUAUUGUUGGUCGUUUGUAUGAUGUGAAGUUGCAAAUAAGGUUUCAUUAUUAGGUAUGGACUUGAACCAUGAGCAGAUAAAUUAAUAAUGUAAAUACUGAAUAUUAGGAUCUUACACCUGCUGAUUCACUGCAGUAAAUUAUAUGAAACAAAUUCAAAAUGUUACUUUUCUUUACUGAUAUGUGACUGUAUAGUUGUUUUUUUUGUCGUGUGAGUGUGAGAGAGAGAGCGAGAGGAAGCGCAUGAAUGUGUGAGGUUUCAGCGUUCGCUUCAACUCUUUGUAUUGUGACAGACUUUUUAAAAAUCAUAAGAUUUAUGUGUGUGUGUGUGCGUGUGUGUGUGUGUGUGACUGUAUUUGCAUUUGUUUGCCUAGAUAAAGCACACAGGCCUGGCAUGUGAUGCUGCAGGACGUCGACCUGCUGAGAAACACUUUGCACAUAGUCUUUGUAUUCUGACACAGAUACAUGUUGACAUGUUUCAUGUAUUUCUAUUUCUGUGUGAAGCAUUCAUGAAAAAGAGAAUUACACAUUUUAAUUUUGUACAAAUCAAUAAAUGAUGCAUACUGA